CUAAAAAUAAUAACAAAGAAAAGUAAUAUACUCUUUUAAAUCAUUUAUUUAUAUAUAAUAAUAUUAAUAUUCUUAAUAUUAUUUAUUAAUAUAUUUCCCCCCACUUUCACCAUAAACUAGCUCAUCAUCCAUUAUCAUUUAUCAGUAUUAGUCAUUUCUCUCACCGUCUUUUGAGUUUGCUACUUUCUACCCACACAUCCUAUUCGCAUACCAUUCUUUAUUUAUGAUCGUCAGAUCAUUAUCUACCAAAUAAUUAAUUAAAUUCCUAAUAUAAAUCAAUACAAAUUAAACCCAAAAACCCAUUCUGAAAAACAAAAAAAAAAAUGGGAAUAAUAACAGAGGAAGAAGUAGAAGUGGGAAGAAUAAUAAGGGAAGAAAAGGAAGAAGAAAAUAGGAAAUGGCCCAUUUGGUUAAAUCCCCUUUUAAGAACUAGUUUUUUUGGGCAAUGUAAGAUUCACCCUGAUGCUCAUAAAUCCGAAUGUAAUAUGUAUUGUUUGGAUUGUAUGAAUGGUGCUCUUUGUUGCGUUUGUUUAUCUUCCCAUAAAGAUCAUCAUUCUAUUCAGAUAAGACGGUCGUCUUACCAUGAUGUGAUAAGAGUAAAUGAGAUACAGAAAUAUGUGGACAUAACAGGAAUACAAACAUACAUAAUUAAUAGUGCUCGUAUUGUGUUCUUGAAUGAACGUCCACAACCACGUCCUGGAAAAGGUGUUACUAACACCUGCCUCGUUUGUCACCGUAGCCUCCUUGAUUCCUUCUCUUUUUGCUCACUUUCUUGCAAGAUAAAUGGAACAUCCAAAAAGUUUUGGGCUGAAAAUUUGAAGAGGAAGAGGAUUGCAGAAACAGGACAUAAAAAUUCAGACUCAGAAGGAUCCUUGAAUAACUACUACAAUGACAAGGGAUCUCUUAAUUGUAAUUACAACUACACUUCCAAUUACAAGAAGAAGCUUCAAAGUUUUUCUCCAUCAACACCACCUAGGACAACAUCCAAUUCGGGCGGAGUUAGUUAUAGAUCCACCAAACGUCGGAAGGGGAUACCUCACCGAGCUCCACUCGGGGCGCUUCUCAUCCAAUUUUGAGAAAACAUCGAUACCGCAACAUCACUAGUAUUACACUAUACUCGUCUAUCCAUUUCAGUUUGCUAUAGCCUUGGCGUUAUUAGAUUCGUGAAACGUAGAAAGGUGAUACCUCACCAAAUUCCACUCGGGGCGCUUCUGGAUACUGCAACAUCACUAGUAUUAUACUAUACUUGUUCUAUCCAUUUCAAUUUGCUAUAGCCUUGGCGCACGUUAUAUUUGUGUUAUAACAAAUUCAAAAGGACAGAGUAGUAACAACGAUAUGGUUAUUUGUUAUAUAGAUCCGUCAAACGUAGGAAGGGGAUACCUCACCGAGUUCCACCUGGGCGCUUCUCGAUACCGCAACGUCUCUAGUAUUAUAUUAUACUCGUUCUAUCCAUUUCAGUUUGCUAUAUAUAACCUUGGCGUGCGUUAUUUUCGUGUUAUAACAAAUUUAAAUGGACGGGGUGAGUAACAAGGAUAUGGUUGUUUGUUAUGGCUAUGCUAAUUUGUGUGCUGUAUUAAAUACAAAAAGAUAGGAGGUACUGUAUGUUUGAGGUAUUGUAGAUGUACAUAUACAUAUGGGUAGUUCGGAAAAGGUAUACUGUUAUAUAUAUACAUAUAUGAAAUAGAACCAACAGGAUCAUAGUUAAGAACUAUGACUUAUUUUCCCCUUUUAAGAAAUCCUUUUGUACACGAAAGUAUAUGUAUAUACACAUCAUAAUUGUAUUAUAUGUAAUGUAAUGUAGUAAAUCUGUAUUUAUUUAUGGUAGAUAAGCUGAUAAUACUUUUUAAUUUUUUUUAAAUGAAGUGUAUGCUGGAUGGAAAGGGUGAAGGUUGUCAUAAAGUGAUAUACUGAUUGUAUAGAUAUUUGUGUAGAUUUGAAGAAAAAGAAAAAAUAAAAAAAAUAAAAAAAAAUCUAUUUAUAAUAACUAUAUCUGUAACAAAAUACUACUAUUUGUUGACAUUAUUAUCUUU